GGCUCCAAGAGUACUCCACGUGCACUACACACGACAAUCCAAUCUGAGCUCUGUGAGUGAUUGGAACUAAAGACGACAUAAAUUUCAAAUAUGAACGGCUUAAAUGAAUACGAAAAGCAAAGGCAAUUAAAGAUUGAGGAAAACAAAAAGGUUUUGGAAAGUCUUGGCCUCCUAAAGCAGUAUAGGAUCUAUCCAAAGAAACCCACCAUUGGAAUAAAAAAGACUAAGAAAAGAAAACGAGAUGACAACGAAAACAAGUUUAGAAGUGAAAAGGAAAGAGUUGGCAGUGAAAUUCAAAUUCAGGAUAUCUAUCUUUUCCCAAGAAGAUCCUUGAGACUAAAAGGACAGAUAGCUGAGGAUGUCUACUUACCAGAUAGUUUGGAAAAUUAUGAGAACAAAUUGUAUAGGAAAUACACACCUGCUGUUAAAAGAGACAAUGUUUUUGGCAGUAUAGAAGGUGUUCUGGUUGGAACAACUUGGGAGACCAGAGUUGAAUGUAGUCAUGAUGGAAUUCACAGGCCAACUGUAGCUGGUAUUCACGGCAGUGAAGCAGAAGGUUGCUAUUCACUUGCACUCUCUGGUGGAUAUGAAGAUGAUAUUGAUUUAGGAGACAGUUUUACAUAUACUGGCGAAGGUGGAAGAGAUCUAAAGGGGACAAAAGCCAAUCCAAAGAAUCUACGAACAGCGCCACAAUCCAAAGAUCAAACUUUAACAAAAGGUAACUUGGCAUUGGUUAGAAAUGUUGAGAAUCGAAGACCUGUCAGAGUUAUAAGAGGAUACAAACUAAACAGUCCAUUUGCACCAGAGCAAGGCUACAGAUAUGAUGGCUUGUACUUUGUGGAAAGAUACUGGCAGACAACAGGGCUCAGUGGCUUCAAAGUCUUCAAAUACGUUCUAAACAGAUGCCCUAACCAAGAACAAAGUCCAUGGAUGUCAGAAGAUCUGUGAAGAUUCUGAGAAAUCUAUCAUCAGCGCUGGUUCAAAUUGAAUUGCCUUAUAAACCAAUGGAUCUGUGGAUCAUGGUGUCAUUUGAUAAUGAAGCAAACAUUUAGUUUUACAAUGGUGACUAAUUAUGUUUCUGUUUUAUGCCUUUUUAAACUCUGCAUAUUUUUUUAAUUUCCUUUACUUAUUUGUUUUAACCAUUUCUUUAGAAUAGAUUAUUUAUAUAUCCCAUGCUUGUAAUUAUAUCAGUUUCUACAUUUAUUUCUUUUUCUAAGAUCAAUAUUGUUCAAAGUCCUCUUGUAAAGACGGUUUUUAUGUAUUUUACAGCCUUGUUGCUUAAUUGUUAUACUGAAUGUAAAACAUAGCUGAUUUUAUUAAGCU